AUGACUUCGACCGCCGCCCACGCAGAUAAACAACCUCUCAGUCCCUCGACAGACACCCCUCGGGUACGGUUCGAAAAAAAUAAUGUCGACGAUGAAGAAGAAGAGGCAAGACUCCGUCGAGGGUCAGUCUCGAAAGACCUUCGCAACCAAAUCGCACUCCGAGGAAUCAUUGGGCGAAACGCUGUCAGUCAAGGCUAUGCUACCACUCGAUCAUUUGGCCGCUCUCAGUCGGAGGCGUCCAUCUUCCGACCGGACCCCAAGCCGGAGCUCGAGCCCCCGGCGGCCGAAGGCGCGCUGGACAACCCAUCCAACACGUUAUGGAAGUCGAGAUACACGCAACUGAACCGGGUCAAGUCGACCUCGUCGGUGAUCAGCGGCUUGAACGACGACGUGCUUCGCGCGGGGUGGCGACGAAACGAGCCCGGCCCCCUCUGGGAACAGUCCCGGGAGCUCGACUACGACCGGCAAGCAAUCACCAAGAUCCCCGAGUUGGACGAGGGCGACGGAUUCGAUGUCGAGGACAUGGAACUCGACGUCGACUCCUCCCCGAACGACAUGGCGAGCUUGAUCCUCAGCGACGAUACCAUCGAAUCCGCCGACCAGCUCCGUCCCUUGCCUUCCGCAAAACUCGACUUCUCCUCCGCCCUCAAUUCCCAGACUACUAAACGUCAGCUCGGUAAGACUAAAUCUAUGCCUGUCGGUGGCGCCUUCGGUACCAGACCCCAUCAGGAGAAGUUCCAUCGCGAAUUCGAUUGCACGUUCAUGCGCAUGGAUGUCGAAUUUUGA